GGCCUCGGUGGCAUCGGGAGUGGCGUCACCACCACCGCCAGCGGUGUCACCGCUGUCCCCGCCGUCAAGAGCGACAUCAGUGCCGCUGGGAAUGGCCUCGCUGGCACUGGCAGUGUCCCCAGCGGUGUCCCUGGCGUAGGGAGUGGCAUCUCCGCUGUCCCCACCGGUGUCACCGCUGUCCCCGCCGACGCCGACAGCUCCGGUGACUCUGACGACACCGUCAUCGAGGAGGCGCCGGGCGAGGCCCCCCCUGCUGUCCCCAGGGAUGUCCCCAGGGCUGUCCCUGCUGUCCCCAAGGAUGUCCCCGGGGCUGUCCCCAAGGAUGUCCCCGCUGUCCCCGGGUCCCUCCCCGCCGCCCCCCGGCGCUGGCAGCAGGAGCACCAGACCCUGCAGGAACUGGGGGAGCCCCUCCCCCGCCUGGCAGCGGUGCAGGACCUGCUGUUCUGGCGGGACGUGAGGAAGAGCGCGGUGGCCUUCGGCGCCAGCCUGGUGCUGCUGCUGUCGCUGGCCACGCUCAGCGCCGUCACCGUGGUGGCACACGUGGCGCUGGCCCUGCUCUCGGUCACCAUCAGCCUGCGCGUCUACAAGGCCGUGGUGCAGGCGCUGCAGAAAUCCGAGGAGGGGCACCCCUUCAGGGCGUACCUGGACCUGGACGUGACGUUGUCCCCCGAGACCUUCCAGGCGCACGCGGCCGUGGUGGCGCGGCACCUCAACCGGGCCCUGCAGCUGCUCGUGCACCUCUUCCUGGUGGAGGACCUGGUGGAUUCCCUGGAGGUUCGGAGCCUUCCUCCCCCUCCUCCCCCUCCCCGACCCCCGGGACCCCCC